CACAACAAAGUGGUCAUGUCUUCUUCUUCCUUCACCUCCUCCUGCUCUUCGAUUUUACGUAUUGGUGAUGCGAGAAGCGGGAACUCACGAGCUUCAAGCUUCACAUUCCAACCUCAGGUCUGUCUUUUUGGUUUCAUGUUUGUUAUAUCGGGGAAAAAUAUGAUUGAUUUUGGUAUAUUUUUGCAGGUUUCUUGCGGGAUUCAAAGGGAUGAUAAUGGACGCCGUAUCUGGCGGAGGAGAACACUCACAAAGAAGGAUGAUAUGUUGCGUUACAAACUGCAAAGAGUUCCGUUUGUGGAAGAGCAAGUGAGGAAGAUACAGGAAGUUGGGAAGGUAAUGACGAUGGACAUCGAGCGUUUGCUAUUGAGCGAAGACAACCGCUUUGAGUUCGUCAACAGCGUAGCAGCUGAGGCGACAGAGUACGUUGAGAAAAACAGGGACGAAUACGGAGGCACCAAGAAAGCCAUCUUUCACGUUCUGAGCAACCGCGUCAACGAUCUCGGGUUUGAUCGACCAGAAGCUUACGCAGAAUCAGAUCCUUACAAACCUGGUCCUGGCUACUUGAAGGAGUAUUACACUUGAAGAGAUACUACUGUUAGCAAGAGUUUAAAUUGUGAUUCAUCAGCUUUUCUUGUUCUUGUACUAGUACCAAAUCAAGUCAAUGCACUCACAACUUUGUUCUUGUAAUUUUGGUAGAACAAUUUUAUAAGUUUAUAACAAUUUUAAAAUAGUGCAAGUUGUUGGUAAAUCAA